CGCAACGCUCCGCGAAGCAACCGGGAAUCCAACCGCAAGUCGACCACUGAUUUCCAGCCGACCGAACGACAACCGCAUCUCUGGCCGCCAUGGCGAUCUCACCGACCCAAUUUGCCGUUACCACGAGGCAGUCGGCCAAUUGGUCCGACGCCAAGCGGAGGGUGCUUGCGGCAUAUCGUGACUGGCUCCGGGCGGCGCCCGAGAUUCAGACCAUGUACUCUAUCCCCCACCCCGUCUCGGCUAUCCGGUCCCGCAUCAGGCAGGAGUUUGAGCGCCACCGAUAUGUCAACAAGCUGCCCGCCGUCGAUAUCCUUCUUUUCCAUAGCCGGGCCGACUACCAAGAAACCAUGAACUUCUGGCGCCAAACGAACCACGUCAUGUCGUUCUUCAAGGAGGAGAACUUCAGGGGAGAGAAGAGGCUGCCGUCCAACUUCAUCACUGGGUUUCUGGAGGGCCGCAACUAGAAUGGCAUCCUACACACUUGUUCAUGAACGUAUAGAAAACAAGAAACAUUCCUACCACAUCUCAAUGAGUUGAUAAGAUGCUUAAAAGUGCCCUCUGUCUGUAUGCAUAAC